AAAAAUUUUCGUCGUAAAUAAUCGUCUCAAGUGUUUUGGUGGACUUUGUGCAGGAAAUUCUACCAGAAACGUGAAGAUUAUCUGUUCUCCAAUAGAGGCCAGUUAGUAUCGAUCUGGUGUUCACCGAAUUCAACAAAUAGACACAAAGAAAAGUUAAUAAAAAAGAUAAAUCGUCGAUAAGUCGCCAUUAGGUCGCGAGCGACGACAACGUGUCGAUGUGUUAGGUUAUUUUCUUCGCACACACGCUCAUUUCUGGUGCAAACCGAGGCAGGAUAGUGAAAAAUGUCCUUUCGCCUGCUUACCACACGGCUGUACAAACAUGGUCGCCUGCUGGUGCAGAGCUAUCUCAAGCGGGAUAUUCACAUCAGCAACGUUUGGACGAGUCCGACCGACGGCGUAAAAGUGAACAACAUAAACGAAGCAUUAAAGCAUGAUCUACGGAUCAACGAGUUCCGGAGCAACAGCUUUCUGCGAUUCGGUAAUCACGCCCGGCGGUUGUUUAUCGAUAAUGUGCUAAAUCGGGUCACCAAUCCGUACUCGGUCGAUUUGCGCUUGCAGGCCACAAAAAAGCUUUUUUACGGUGACUCGACGCCCUUCUUUGCGCUUGUAGGCGUCAGCUUGGCUUCCGGCGAUGGAGUUCUUACCAAGAACGAUGAACUGGAAGGUGUCUGCUGGGAGAUUAGACGUGCCAUGUCGAAGUUCCAGCAGAAGGUGGGUGAGAAAGAUAUCGAGUCCCGCUUGGAUGAAGAGUUCGGUAUCGACAACCUAAACAUAGGCCCACCGAUCGCAAAAGGAUGUUCCGCCGUUGUUUAUGCCGCUUCCUUGAAGGAACCUUCCGUAAGUGAGGUCCACAAUGGCCAAGGGAAACUGUUUUCGUCUUCCCCGGACCUUCAUGCACACCUGAGACAACCGUACGAAGCUUCGGUAAGCGAAGAGUUCCCCGAAAAACCAUUGCUGCUUCCGGAUCGUAACCCUGCGGUGGCGCUUCAGCAAAUGGUAAACGAAGGCAUGUUCCCAACAAAACCGCCUCCCACCAAGGGACGAAAGGUUCGUUUCAAUAGUGAAACUCGAACAAGAACUGUAUCGGAGAACGUUGCCGAAAGUCACGAUACAUCGGCUAGCUUUGUUCGCGACACCGCAGAAACGGAGUGUGACAUUGCCGAGUACCCUUUCGCUCUGAAAAUGAUGUUCAACUACGACAUCCAAAGCAACGCCAUGGCCAUCAUUAAGGCAAUGUACCGCGAAACGGUUCCGGCAAAGAGAAGAACGGUGGAAACGGCCUGGGAACAAAGCCUGCUCGAGAAAACCAACUUUCUGCCACCACACCCGAAUGUGGUGGAAAUGUAUGGCGUUUUCUGUGACCAGGUUCCGGAUUUGUCCAUGUCUACCACACUGUACCCAAUGGCGUUGCCCCAGCGUCUGAAUCCCCAAGGAUACGGACGGAAUAUGAGUCUCUUUCUGCUGAUGAAACGAUACGAGGGGAACCUGAAAGAGUAUCUUGAACAGCACAGCGAUAUGGAUAUGCGGACGCGAAUUCUUCUCUUCGCACAGCUACUGGAAGCGGUGGCCCACUUGAAUCGGCACGGUGUCGCCCAUCGCGACCUGAAAUUCGACAACAUCCUGAUCGAAGUGCGACCCAACAUGCCUCCUACAUUAGUGCUGUCCGAUUUUGGAUGCUGCAUUGCAGAUAAACAGCACGGGCUGCGCAUUCCCUAUACGUCGGACGAAAUUGACAAAGGCGGGAAUGCGGCACUGAUGGCACCGGAAAUUAUCACUCAAACAGCGGGCACGUUCGCCUUGCUUAACUACAGCAAAGCGGAUCUGUGGGCCUGUGGAACGAUUGCUUACGAAAUUUUUGGACACAGCAACCCAUUUUACACUGGAGAGCAAUCGGCACUUAGAAACAGCACAUACACUGAUGAUAUGCUGCCGGAACUGAACCCGAGCGUGCCCAAGUUAAUCCAGCACCUAGUAAAGAAUAUCCUUCAGAAGAACCCGAAAAAGCGCCUGAGCCCUGAUAUUGCGGCGAAUGUUGUGCAGUUGUUCCUGUGGUCGCCCUCCGCAUGGCUGCGUGGCGGCUGCUCACCGUCCAGCAACGAGAUCCUGCAGUGGUUACUCAGUCUCACAACGAAAAUCUUGUGCGAAGGUCCGUUGCGCAUCACACCGGAUGAUACGAUGGGCCGAAGGACGUACACGGAGUACUUACUGAUUGGCAGCUUCUUAGCACGUGCCCGCCUCGAGCGCAUCAGGCGUGCCAUCGAUUGGACACACACUGUUAUCGACAGUUCGUAAAUUAUGUGAUAUUGUUUCUGUAAUCGGAACGAGCUAUAGUGCGGGUUGAAAUAAACAUUAUUUAUUUUUACAUUGGA